UCCACACCCAGUAUUUCAUUCUCGUCCCCAACCAAUGUAGGAUAUGAGAUUAAUAGAAUAUGGUUGAAGUCCUUAAAGUGGGGAGAGAAAAUGACACAAAAAUGAUAUUAAUCGGAAGAAGUGCCAGCUUAAAACUUGAAUUUCAAAAGAUUCCAGAGGGGGUUCUAGAGUCUUUCCUUGUAUAAAAUCAUCAUCUAUUUGCUCCCUUUCUUCUUGUUUCUGUGUUGGAUUAUAGUCUUGGAAGAAGAAAGGAUGUUGGAAGGCAAAGCUUUGGUACAGGAUACAGAUAUGCCUGACAAGAUGCAGAUCCAAGCCAUGGUCGCUGCUUCUGAAGCUCUGGAUCGCUAUGAUGUCUUCGACUGCAAAUCCAUUGCUGCCCACAUCAAAAAGGAUUUUGACAACAGAUAUGGAAGCGGAUGGCAAUGUGUGGUGGGUUCAAAUUUUGGUUGUUUCUUCACCCACUCCAAAGGCUCUUUCAUCUACUUCAAACUGGAGACUCUUAACUUUCUCAUCUUCAAAGGGAUUUGAAUCUCUAGAGAGUUUGAAUAUCAUUGUGGGUUGUUUGGAUGCUUGAUGUUCAAAAGCUUUUAAAUGCUUUUGGUGGGUAUACUAUGUAGAUAUUGAACUCAUGUGAACACAGUUCUUAAUCCUUUCCAAGCAUUUUCACUG